AUGUCUCUUUUCGGCAAUACCGCCAGUGCGAGCCCAUUUGGUAGCACCGCCAACAAACCGAGUGCCUUUGGCGGUCUUGGAUCAAAUACAACGGGUGGAACGGGCUCGAGUCUAUUCGGCAACACAACCCAGAAUCAACAGCAAGGCACAACCGGCACUGGCUUAUUUGGAAGUGCUGCAGCUGCAGCACCUGCUCAGACCAACACUCAGACAGGCGGCUUGUUUGGCUCCAGUACUGCGCAGAAGCCAGCUACCAGUAUCUUUGGGGCAACCUCUCAACAGCCGACGCCUAGCCUGUUCGGUGCUACCGCGCAGAAGCCCGCUACGAGUCUGUUUGGUGCGAAUGCGGCGCAGCAACAAACGCAACAGCCUGCGACCGGAACUGGCCUCUUCGGGUCGACUCUAGGGGCCAAUAGCCAGGCGCCUCAGCAGCAGCCACAGCAGCAGCAGCAGCAGCAGUCGCAGUUCGGACAAACAACAAUGGUCCAACCUCAGGGUCAAUCGCAGGAGCAGUCACUAUCCUCGACUUUGUGGUCGCCGGGGCGUGCAAUCACAGGAGUACACCGAACCGUCCCAAUGCAGAUUGCGAUCGUGCGGGACAAGUGGGACGCGCAAAUCCAAUCUUCUCCUUUCCGCGCCUAUCUUUACAAUCACGUCGGCGACGAUAAUGCGCCCUUCUAUCAGCCCAGCGUCGAGGAUGAUGCCACGAAAUGGGAAGAGGCCCUGAAGAAACGCCCUGGGUCAGGAUACGUCCCCGUCUUGGUCAAGGGCUUCAUUGACCUCGGCAAGCGAGCCCAGCGCCAGAAAGACUUCCUCGCCAUUAUGCAGACACGCUUGCACGAAAUCAACAACUGCUUGACGGAUUUACUAUCGAGGCACGACUUGAAAAUCUCGGUCAAGGUCGCAGACGCUCGCCGCAAGCACAUUGUCCUGAGUAAGAGGUGUCUGGCUCUAGCAGCCAAGACGCAAAUGCUGCGCAAUCGAGGAUAUGCCAUGGACGACGCCGAGGAGGAGCUCAAGAAGAAGCUGAUUCAAUUGGAGAGGGAAGUGUUUGACCCAUCAUUGACGGGCCGUGGAGAGGAAAUUUGGGCUCGCAUGCUUGCGAUUCACGAGCACUCGAAGCGUCUGCAGGCUGAGAUGGAUCGUGCCGGGGCAAACAUGACGAAUCGCGCAGAAGAUGAGAUCGAUGAACAGACCAUGAAGACGGCGAAGAAGAUUCUCGAUGAUUAUCAUGUCCAGAUUCAGCAUUUGCAGAAGGAAAUGGAGGUAGUCAAGAAAGACUUUGAGGAGACACAGAAGCUGGGUGGGAAAUAG